CUGGGGAAACUAUGAUGAGCUCCAACAACAAUUCCAACUCGGAUCCAGUUGUGUUUUUGGAUAUCCUCCAAGGAAACGAGCCUUUGGGCCGCGUAAAAAUCGAGCUUUUCAAAGAAUUGCCUAGAACCACCGAGAACUUUCGGCAGUUUUGCACAGGAGAGUACCGUGAGGCUGGGCGGCCGACCGGGUAUAAGGGAAGCAAGUUCCACCGGGUGAUACCGCAUUUCAUGAUUCAGGGAGGAGACUUUGUGAAGUUCAAUGGUACUGGCACCAAAACCAUCUAUGGCACCGAUUUGUUUGAUGAUGAGUCGUUUAAGUUCGACCAUCAUAAGUAUUCUGUUUCCAUGGCCAACUCGGGUCCCAAUUCCAAUGGGUGUCAAUUUUUCAUUUGCUGCAAAAGACUAGAGCAUUUGGACGGAAAGCAUGUUGUGUUUGGAAAGGUUGUGGAAGGGUUUGAGAUUGUGGAUCGUAUAGAGGCGUCAGGAACAGCGAAAGGUACGCCUAGAGAUGAGAUUGUGAUUUCGAAUUGUGGGGAGAUGUAGGCGGUAGUGGUAGAGGUUGGUAGAGUUGUGGAGGGAGAGGGUUUGGUAGAGUUUGAAUAGACUACCGUGAAUAUCAUCGUACUGUCAAUACUGUGGUACCGCCAGCCCCGUGUGCACCCAGUAUUGAGCCCCGUGUGCACCAUAUAGAUAGCAAAUAUAACUCCGCACUGUUUCUUCAUACCC